CAAAUGGAGUUCACCUCUGCGCUCUUCCUUCGCGUUGUCUCUGCAGUCAAAGGAACGAGGAUUUGGACGAACCGUAGACCACUCCACUUCAGGGCAAAACUGAUAUUUUUGCUGAUAAAAAUGUCAUGUUUCAGUAUGAAUGCAAUCGUUUUUAUUUGAAUGGAAGAAGGGUAUAUAAAGUCAAGUGGUGUCCGACCUAGCACGUCGAACAGAAAGGCCUUGUCUCGCAAGUCCCAAGUUAUUCUUAUUUGCUUUCUAACGUUACUUUCCUAGCUGCUAGGGAGCUAUUGUAUGGUGCUAGCUAGCUAAAACUUACAAGGAUUUGAAGUCUAGCCAGCUCGCGAGACUCUGGUCUAACUGAAAACGCAGUUACAUCGAAACUUUUUGCAAAGCAAAAAGUUGCUUAUAUUUGAGCUUAGCUAUUUUCUAACAAGAGGUGGCUAGCUGAUGUAGGUUAGGUAGUUAGCUGCUAGCUCGUUUCUUUGGGUUCCACUGCCUAGCAAUAUUGAUUGAAUGUGCAACCACCAGCUAACGUUAGCUAGCUGGCUUGUUUGACAUAGUUAACUAGCUGUCAUUUUCUCAAUCACUAACUACAUUGCUUCUUUAGCUACUAUUCUAAGCAUUAACGUGGAAGUAGCUAGUAGGAGGCUAAAGAAGGAUCCUCAGUCAAACAAGGAAGUAAAUUAAUUUAGCUAACUAGCCAUUGUUUUUGUGCCAGACAAAUGAGAGCGUGACUUGCUUUGUACGUUGCUAGAGCUGCAGUGGGCACGAGCAAAUAGCACAAUUUAUCCUCAAUACCAUUCUAGAUAACUUUGCUAUCUGUCCCGCAUUUCGACAGCUAAUCGAUAGUUAGGAUAGCUAGCUAGUUAGCCAGCUGACUCGAGGGCAAAAUGAUUCCAGACAAAGCACCGAAGGAGGACGUUUUUCAUGCAGGAGGAGACUUGAAGAAGAACGCUCAUGUACCCAACUUUGAGAACUACAAAGAACUCUACCAGAAAUCUAUUGAAAAUCCAGAUGAGUUCUGGGGUGACAUUGCAAAAGAAUUCUACUGGAAGUCGACGCACACGGGCCAGUUCUUGGACUACAACUUUGACGUGACGAAGGGGGAGAUCUACAUCAAGUGCAUGGAGGGGGCCACCACCAACAUCUGCUACAACGUCCUUGACCGCAACGUUCACGAGAGGAAGCUUGGGGACAAAGUGGCAUUCUACUGGGAAGGGAAUGAGCCUGGCGACGUGAUGACAGUGACCUACAGAGAGCUGCUCCAGCAGGUGUGCCAGUUUGCCAACGUGCUCAAGUCCCAGGGGGUGAAGAAGGGCGACCGCGUGUCCAUUUACAUGCCCAUGGUGGUGGAGCUGGUGGUGGCCAUGCUGGCCUGCGUCCGCAUCGGGGCCGUGCACUCAAUCGUGUUUGCAGGCUUUUCGGCAGAGUCGCUGUGCGAGAGGAUCCUGAACUCCCAGUGCUCGUUGCUGAUCACGGCCGAUGGUUUCUACAGAGGAGAUAAGCUGAUCAACCUGAAGGUGAUCGCUGACGACGCGCUGCAGAAAUGCAGAGACAAGAGUUUCCCAGUUCAGAGGUGUAUCGUGCUAAAACAUCUGUCCAAGGAGGUGGAGGCCACUCACCUGGUCUCCGAGUCCCCCCCUCCCACUCACCUGGUCUCCGAGUCCCCCCCUCCCAAGCGGCCCUGUCCUGACCUGCAGCAGGAGAAACAGAAAGACAGAGUAAAGAAAAUCCGUCCCGUCCCGCAGGUGCCGUGGAACCCUGAGGUGGAUCGGUGCUGGCACAGCUUACUGAGUAAUAUGUCUGAGGAGUGCGAGCCAGAGUGGUGUGACUCUGAGGACCCCCUCUUCAUCCUCUACACCAGCGGAUCCACCGGGAAACCCAAGGGUGUGCUCCACACAGUCAGUGGCUAUAUGCUCUACGUGGCCACCACCUUCAAGCUGGUGUUUGACUACCAGCCUGACGACGUGUACUGGUGUACGGCCGACAUCGGCUGGAUCACAGGCCACUCCUACAUCACCUAUGGACCCCUGGCCAACGGUGCCACCAGCGUCCUGUUCGAGGGUCUGCCCACCUACCCAGACGUGAGCCGCAUGUGGGAGAUAGUGGACAAGUACCAAGUUACCAAGUUCUACACGGCGCCCACAGCCAUCCGCCUCCUCAUGAAGUAUGGCAGCGAGCCCGUCCAGAAGUACAGUCGUGAGUCUCUGAAGGUGCUGGGGACGGUGGGGGAGCCCAUCAACCCGGAGGCGUGGCAGUGGUACUACAGCGUGGUAGGGGAGAAGAGGUGCCCCGUGGUCGACACCUUCUGGCAGACUGAGACCGGUGGCCACGUGUUGACUCCUCUACCUGCUGCCACACCAUUGAAGCCUGGCUCUGCUACCUUUCCUUUCUUUGGAGUUGUCCCAGCCAUUUUGAAUGAGUCUGGGGAGGAGCUGGAGGGACCAUGCGAGGGUUACCUGGUGUUCAAACAGCCAUGGCCAGGAGUCAUGAGGACUGUGUAUGGGAACCACCAGAGGUUUGAGACCACCUAUUUCAAGAAAUUCCCUGGAUACUACGUCACUGGUGAUGGUUGCCGUAGGGACAAGGAUGGGUACUACUGGAUCACAGGGAGGAUGGAUGACAUGUUGAAUGUCUCAGGUCAUCUGCUGAGCACAGCAGAGGUGGAGUCAGCCCUGGGAGAGCACGCGGCGGUGGCCGAGGCAGCGGUGGUGAGCCGGCUGCACCCUGUCAAGGGGGAGAGUCUCUACUGCUUUGUCACGCUCACGGAUGGAGUCAGUUUCAACUGCACCCUGGAGGCCGAGCUAAAAAAACAAGUAAGAGAGAAGAUUGGUGCCAUUGCCACCCCCGACUUCAUACAGAAUGCCCCAAGCCUUCCCAAGACCAGAUCAGGUAAGAUCAUGCGGCGCGUGCUACGUAAGAUUGCCCGUAAUGAGCGGGACCUGGGCGACGUGUCAACGCUAGCUGACUCUUCGGUCAUCGAGCAGCUCUUCCUGAACCGAUGCUGUGGUGCAGUGUGAGCUUCUACCUGCAGAGGGAGCCAGAGAGCCCUGCCAGGUAUAACAGGAAGGAAGGGGAGGAAGAGUUGCAGAAGAAGGAGAUUCAUACAUUGAACUGUAGAGCCUUCACUGUGGGGCUCAAGCCAACACGGGGUUAGCGGAAACACAACAUAUCCUUCUAGUUUGUCAGGAGUUCCAUUCUCCCCAGUUAUAAAGUACAGUUGAUGUACUAUUGGAUUCAAAAGUUUGCUUUUUUCCAUUUGAACAAUGUAGACUUUUGUCAUUUUGUUUUGUUUCUUUGCAGCUUGACAUAGGAUCGCUAUGUAUGUUUGUGUCUGCAUGCUUGAAAUGUUUUAAAUUGUAUUUUCUACUCCCUCUGUAAUCUAGAGACAGAGGGAGUUUGUUAGUGUGUACUAGCAGAACACUGUCUAAUUCACAUCUCCUUUCCUCUCUUUAGUCUGUGAGUGUGGGAUGAUUGUACUAGAAAUAAAAUGUAAGGUCACAUUUUGAAAAAACAACUCAAUGAUGCAUAAACCCUUUAUGAUACCUACCUACUGGACGUCAACGACAACGGGCCGGUGUUUAAGGUGGUGUAUCCCCCGGUGGUGUGGGAGAACAUUGCUGUCAUUCAUUAGCAAAUGUCAUGGGGAACGAAAGGGGGACUGAAGGGUUAUAUUACCGUUUAUGUCAUAGGACUUUGCUUAUAAAUGAUUAUGUAGUUCUAAUGAAGACAUAAUGAAAUCCUUUACAAGUUGUUUAUUUAAAAGAGUGACCUAACAUAAAAUGCAGGACCCAUUUAGAUGUUUGUAAUUUUAUUUAUGGCAAAACUGUCAUUGUGUUCAUGUGCCAACAUAACAUUGAAACUGGAUGUUAUAGUUAUGUCGGUUAAAAAAAAAAUGGUUUUGAAAUAAUUUGUCUAUCUUCUCACACAACUUCUGGUAUUAGGGCCUGGGUGAAAAUGUUUUUACGUUUUGCCAUUUUAUCUUUUUGUUGCCCCUUUGUAUCAAAGUGACAUGCAAUAACUCACUUUAAAUUGACUGACUACUUCAUGUGCUCUGUUUUAAUGGUCAUUAUUUCGGAAAAAAACCUGGGUUGUAUUCACUAGGCACUAAACUGUAGAAAACAAACUGAAACGGGGAUGGACUACUUGGACUUGUCCAAUAAGAAAUGCUACAUUUUGUUCUCUUGCAAAAUGUUAAAUAUGUUUUCUAUUGCAUUCCCUAAUGAAUACAACCCUGUCCUGGGCAUGUUGGAGUGCUGUAAUCGUUUUAUUCAUUCACCUGCAUCUCUCAUCUCGCACCUCUUUGUGUAGUUUGUCUUGACCGUUCUUACGUUCUCCAGUAGAUGGUGCUAUAACAUGUAUUUUCUGAAAUCCUCAGGUUCCUCACUUCUACUACAUAUUUUCCCUGUAGUGUUCUUCUCUAUAGCCAGUUUGAUCUGUCAGUCAGCAGACAGUUCAAUGCAUAUUAUAUGCACACAAUGAUAGACCUAUAUUGUGUCCAGUUAUAAGACCUACAGAACAAGAUCUUUGGGUAUCUGACUGAACGUGACAUGAUGAAAUGCAUGGAUGUGAUGUUAUUGUUUAGUUAGAAGCAGAAUACUCUAGGAGACAUGAGAGUCACAGAAAUACUGAUUUAUGCUCUGCUGCCUGUCAAAACAAUUCCUAUCUUUCUCGUCGAUAAUUUAGCGUUUUCUGCUGUAAUUGGCAUUAUUUUUGUUCCAAGGGCACUUCGAUACAUUAUCAUAAGAUGAGUAAAAAAAAGUAUUUAAUCGUUCCCUGUUUUUUUUAGUAUGGCAUCCUUUUUUCAUGUAGUCUGACUUGGUCAGAAAAUAACGUAUUAUUUAAAAGUGUGAAUGUAUUAAAGAAUACCGGUAUGCUGCUGCUUUUUGUGUGUACAUACGUCUUGGCCAGGUAGUCAUUGUAAAUGAGAAUUGGUUUUCAAUUGACUUAUCUGGUUAAAUAAAGGUAAAAUAAAAAGCG